AUGUCGAGGCGGGACGACCUGCGGCUAGACAAACGCUUCGACGAUCUCGUGCACCAGCUGAGGCCGUACGCCCUGAGACUCCAGUCGGACGACUCUCGACUCUGCCGGCUAUGGCUCGACCGCCUGGACAAGGCCGAGGAGCAGCGAAACCUCAGAAACGAGUACCUCUUCGAGUUGUACAAGCAGCUGAAGAUGGGCUACCUGAGGCCGCCCUUUCACAAGCCACCCGAGAGCGGGAAGCUCAUGCCGCUGUCCAAACUCCACCGACUGAUCUUAAGUUCGUCGUGCAACGAGUUGACGGAGACGAGCCCCGGCUCGCCGUGCCAGCCCCGACCAACGAAACACCUCACCUCUCCGGGCAAGCGGUCCAAGAGUCUCGUCCACCACGACAACGUUCGCCGUCGCAGCUUCAUUCCCAAGCGAUGCGACUCCAGCAGUCCAGCUCGCAGUGCCGUGGCCCACGGCUUUCUCUCGCCCACCGUUUGCGAACCGGACAACAGGAACCUACUGAGGACUUACAAGGAGCGGAUCGAGACCCUGGGCACGAUAGUCGAGGAGCUGGAGAGCCAGAACAACAAGCUCAAGCAGAAGCUCGACCACUACCACAAGAACUCGGGCGGCCCCGACGAGGUGGCCCAGCUCUACGCGCGCAUCAAGCAGCUCGUCGCCGAGAUCGAUACUCUGAAGAACGAGCUGUCCAAGGUAAACGACAUCAAGGAGAAGCUGAAGACGAAGCACAACGAGAUCGUUGAGAGGUACAAGGCGCAGAUGAGCGAACAGGUCGGGGUGAUGAAGCAGCAGCUGGACGGCGCGCAAGGGGAGAACCGGGAGCUUCGCGACAAGAUCGCCGAGAUCGAGCUGAAGUUGCAGGAGGCCGCGAAAGAAAACAUUGUCGCCAAGUCGAGCGACAAGGACUGGAAGGAUAAGCUCGAGAGCGUGAGGGAGCAGUACGAGAGGAUAUUGGCGAAAAAGGAGGAGGAAAUCAAGCGGAGGGACGAGCUGGUGCAACGCAAGGAGCUGGAGCUGGCCAAGAAGCUGGACGAGAUAGAGGCGCUGUCGAUGAAGAUGAACGAGCUCCAGCAGGGUCUCGAGUCCAAGUCGCAAGAAGAUAGCAGGUUGCAGUCUAUGCUCCAGGAUCAGUACAACGAGAUUAAGGACGAGCUGAUCAAGAUGAGGAGUAACAUUGAGUCGUCGUCGCUGAAACAAAACGAAAAUUACCAUCAGCAGAUAAGCGUUUUAAUGAAACACGUGGAGAAGCUGAAAAAUCACACGCGCAAACUCAAGGAGGAUUAUAAUCGGAAAAUUUACCACAUAGUCAAGGAAAAUGAAAAAGUAGUGAGCGACCUGAAAAUGAGACUGAAAGCCAAGUGCGCGAAACCGCUGCUGUUGGACAGGUACAACAACUGCGAGACAGAUUCCGAGCCGGGGUUCGAGAGGAAUUACAAAAAGUUUCUGGAGAACCUCGCCAAGUCGGCGGACAACCAGCGCAGCAAGUACUACGAGAAGCUGUCAUUCCUGGACGAUCAGAUCGGCUGCCACUUGCAUCACCGCUAA